UUUUUUCUCUCAUCUCAUAUUAUAAUGAAUCUCUUUUUUGGUAAAGCCAAGUCAAAAACAACAGCCAAGGAUGCCAUCUACAAAUUACGUGAAACACUAGGCAUGUUGGAGAAAAGACAAGCCUUUUUAGAGACAAAAGCAGAGAAUGAACUCAAGAUUGCUAAAGCUAAUGCUACCAAAAACAAACGAGGUAAGUAUAUAUCGCUAUACAUGUCUAUAUUCAUCUCUGUCUAGCUGCUUUGAUGGCACUUAAGAGAAAAAAGACUUAUGAAGCCAAUAUCGAGAAAAUCAAUGGGGCUCGUAUGACGAUUGAAACUCAAAUGAUGGCUAUUGAAAAUGCUAAUGUUAACUUGGAAACCAUGAGUGCUAUGCGUGCUGGUGCUGAAGCCAUGAAGAAUAUUCAUGGUUCCAUGGAUAUUGAUAAGGUGGAUGCUACGAUGGAUGAUAUUCGUGACCAAAUGGACGUGGCUAAUGAAAUUUCGGAAGCUAUUUCUCGACCAGUCAAUGUGGGUGAUGAACUAGAUGAAGAUGAAUUGUUGAAUGAACUGGAAGAAUUGGAACAAGAAGAAUUAGAUGCCAAGAUGUUAGAGACACCUUCACCGGUUGUAUCUGCACCCAAUGUGCCUAUGCAUGUGCCUGCUCAUAAAGUUACACCUGAAGAAGAUGAUGAAGAAGCUGAACUUCGAGCACUUAAAGCAAGUAUUGCCAUGUAAAUUCUAUAAAAAAAUAAAAAGUGUUCUGUGCUAUAUCUAUGUGCGGACUUGGAAAUGAG